AGAGCGAAGUGAGGCGGGCGUUCUGAUGAGCGCGCUGGGACAAAGUGAAAGAAUCCUGGGAGGCUGAGCGUUCCAAAGAAAGUUGCAUUCCAGGGCCGGAGCAGCAGUAACGAGCCGCUCGCCCGGGGGGCGCUUUCUCACGGAGGCGGCGGAUCUUCCCAGCCCUUGUGGACCGAGGGCGAAGAAGGGGCGCAGGACCGGAGGGGGGGUGGGGGCUGAACUGGGGGCCGAGAAAAUGAAUCGGAGUUUUAAUAAAUCUCAGAGUCUGCGGUAUUUUGGUUAUAGCGCGGUGGAAGUCAAAAGCAAGUUUGGUGCAGAAUUUCGAAGAUUUUCUCUGGAUCGUUAUAAGCCAGGGAAAUUUGAAGACUUCUACAAACUUAUUCUUCACAUCCACCACAUAUCCAACAUGGAGGUUAUGAUUGGAUAUGCAGAUAUCCACGGGGAUCUUCUUCCUAUUAAUAAUGAUGACAACUUCUUCAAGGCUGUCUCAAGUGCAAACCCAUUGCUUAGGAUUUUUAUACAAAAACAAGAUGAAGCAGAUUAUGGUAAUUUUGGUUCAAACACCUUGACCAGGAAAAAGAAAGCUCUGGUGACCCUUCGGAAUGAUAAUCUUCGCAGACGCCCCCAUGUUAACAUCAGCAUGCCACACGACUUUCGGCCAGUGUCUUCUAUCAUUGAUGUGGACAUUUUACCUGAAACUCACAGGAGGGUAAGAUUAUAUCGACAUGGAUGUGAAAAGCCACUAGGAUUUUACAUUCGUGAUGGGACAAGCGUCAGAGUAACUCCUCAUGGGCUGGAAAAGGUACCUGGCAUUUUUAUCUCGCGGAUGGUUCCAGGUGGCUUAGCAGAGAGUACAGGCUUGCUAGCUGUCAACGAUGAAGUCCUGGAAGUGAAUGGCAUAGAAGUGGCAGGAAAAACUCUUGACCAGGUAACAGACAUGAUGAUCGCCAACAGCCAUAAUCUUAUCAUCACUGUCAAGCCAGCAAACCAAAGGAACAAUAUUAUCAGAAGCAGUCGGAUGUCUGGGAGCUCUGGCCAAUCUACAGACAGCACUGCAAGCCACCACAGUUUGCCUUCUUCUCAUGUCCUGCAGAACUUCCACCCUGAUGAAAUGGAGAGUGACGAGGAGGCUGACAUUGUAAUUGAAGGUUGUCUGGAACCACAGCACAUUCCAAAAUCACACAGUCUUCCUUCUGGCAGCCUUUCCCGAAUUAAUGGCAGCAGCCUUAGCCACAGACUACAGAGGGACUUGAUAUUCAAUAACAGCUUGGGGCGUGAAAGCAAUGGCAAUAUUCACAAAAUUCUAAGUUCCUUAAAAACUGAUCCUCGCCAUAGCUUGGUUAUUCCCAAAGGCGGCAUUGAGGAGGAUGGAACGGUGAUUACACUCUAGUGGACGCUUGCAUGUAUGUCUGUAGUCUGACGUGCCAACUGGAUCAAACCUAUCAACACAUGGAAUUGUGGGAACCUUCAUUCUCAUAGACCUUUCUGUGAAACAUAUUACGUCCAGAAAAGGAUGGUUUCACAAGUACACAUAAAAGUGUGACCUAUUGCAACUCAUGAAAAAGUGUAAAUAUGAUUUUUUUUACUUCCAGGUCCAAAAUGAGGGAGUGAGAAAAGUGCUGAAAUGUUUAUACAAAAAUCUUACCAAAACCCUUUGGCUAGAUUACAGAAAUACUAUCAGUUGAGUUGCAUGUCUGCGAUAUGUGUAGAGGUACCCUGCAUACAUACAAGUACAUGGUUUAUAUUUUGGUGGUGAUAACAACUAUAAUUUGGAAUGGGCAUUCAUUCAUUAGUCUUGGAGGAAAAAUUACCCCUGCCAUUAGAUACUGUUCUUUAGCUUGUUUACACAGAAAAUCAACAAUAUUGCCCCUAAUUCAGAAAAGGGCUGCCUAAAGAAUCUGCUUUGUACUCUGUUAGUAGUGUUGAGGGGAUGCUGCAUUUACAUUUUUUAAAAACAAAACUUUGACCAAAUAAUGAUUUGUAUUAUAUUUUUUUAAAAUUCUGGAGGUGGAGUAGAAGAUGGAUAUUGUUGCUAUCAUUUCCUUUUAGAUCAGCACCACAUGCUGGUCAGUGGCAAUACUGUCUGAAUUCCAAUCUUCAGUUUUCUGUAUGGUACAUGUGAGAAGGAGGAAAAAAGGAUGGCAUUUAGUUACUGUACCACCAUUAUUUGAGAUGUGCAUUCUCCUUUUAUUGCUAAAAUAUUUAUUAGACAAGUAUUCCAGUUUUAGUCAUCAUGUUCUUGUUUUGGUAACGAUUGAAUAAGAAAACAUAACAACGUAGUUGCUUAGGCACUAUGAGGAAUUCGUCCAAAUUGAUCUUAUUGUUCAGAAUUAACUUCAACCCAGAGUCUUUGGUGCAUAUUGAUUGAUUUUCUAAUCUAGUUUAUUGAACUCCCCCCCAGGAGUUGCUACAAUUCAGCAUCAUGUAGAAACUAAAGUUUUGUUUCAGCUCUGUUUCUCUCUUCCAUUAAAUGCCACAAGUUGUGAAUAGAAAAGAAUCUUGUUGAACAUAUUCAUGAAAUA